AAAUCAAAUUGUCACUGUUGUCUGUCAAUCACACUUGAAAACGAGCCAUCUGGGAGUGUUGUUGACAAGUGGAGAUUUUGGAGUCUGCAUGUCAUUCUGUCUGCGUUCAGCGAAUUUGCGUCGCCAGCACCAGCGAGCUCGAGAGCCGAGCGAUUGAUUUCAUAAUUGAAGAUGACGGAACCGCCAGCUGUCGACCGCCAACUGCGCAACCAGCUGCAGCGGUACCUCCAUACCGGCAAUGAGCUACCCAAGUAUUACCCUGGAUGCUGGACAACGCAUAAAUACUAUGAAGUGGACAAAUUACAGGCUCUUAAUCUGAUACUUGCAAAUGGUGUGAAUAACCUAGAAGUGAUCAAUAUCAUUGUGAAGGCAUAUAAAGAUGGUUGGUACACUCGAUUUGAGACAAUAGCGUUUGCUCUAACAAAAUGCCUGAAACUUGGCUCCACCACAGUGAAGGAAGCUGCUUACAAAGCUGCAACAGAGAUAUGCAACACCCCUGAAGAGUUGAUGAUCUUCAACAAAUUUACCAGGCAAUUGAAAACAGGUAAUGGCCGAGGAUGGUGCAAAUACGUCAAGGAGUGGUAUCUCAGCAAGGAGCCAAUGCAGCUGGCAAAGGAAAUGACCAGAGUCCGAUCCCGUCAUGGGCGCUCACACAAGACUCUCCUGAGGAAAGCUCACGUCAAAAUUCCCGAAGACGAUCAUGCCCGAGAUGCAGUAGUGAAGUACGCAAUCUAUGGUUUCAAACGUGCUAAACAAUUGAUUGGGGACAUUGAAGCGACGAAGGAAAUGUUCGACUAUAUUCAGAAGGUGGAGGAUAUGCGUCACUGCGAGAACCCUACUGAUGCUGCAGGGCUGGCUUCCCAGCAUCAGUUCACACUCGACCAUGUGCCUGGACACCUGCUCACUUCGCAAGAUGUGUGGAACGCAGUCCUUCCCCAGAUGUCUCUGGAAGAUCUGCUAUACAAUGUGCAGCGCAUCCAUAACAUGGGUUUCUUGACCACUGACUCUACCACCACGGCCAUCUUGAUCUCCCUGCUUAACAAUCAGGACGUGGUUAAGAAGUCAAAGGUUACGCCGCUCGCUGUGUACAUCACUCUCGCCAACUAUAAGAAGAAAUCGAGACCUUUGAAGAGCGAAAAAGCUAAAGUGGCGUUAGAAAAGGAGCAGCGUCGCCGCUCUCGUCAGAUCUUCGACGCUAAGACUGGCGUGUGGCAGUGGACUGUCACAAGGAGACAUCCUAAGGAAGUGAAGCAUUGGGGUAUCGAUCAACCCCCGAACGAGGCAGUCAUCGCAGCUCUGGGCAAACUCGUCGACCAAACAUGGCUGCUCACGCCGCCCACUAAAGCUCGAUACAUGAUUACUCUGGACAUGAGACACCACAUGUUUAAAGGUCGUCAUUUCUGCAAGAGUUUCGUAGUUCCGAAGAAGGGUCGCAAAAUAUCGCUGCCCAAGACGGUCGGCCCGGGCGGAGACGCUGAGGCUGAGAAGAAAAGCAAGAAACGUCUGUUCGCUGAAUGCUUCUACAACAAGCACGUGACACCUGGACAUGCGGCUAUAAUCCUGGCGCUGCAAAUCCUGAAGCGCGAGCAGAAUGUGAAGCUGGCCGUGUUCACUGACGAAGGUGUACAGCUAGUCGCGAUCGAACGCAACUUCAGCAGCAUUGAAGAAGCUGAGUUCCUAUUCAGGAAAGCUAACCUCGGCCGCGUACAAUUGGACGCACCAAUCGAAUGGGCAGCGAAGAACAAGGAGAAGGUGGAUGUGUUCAUCAAUAUGGUGGACCGCACCACCCGAUACAUGGAGCUCGAUAUCAAGGCCCGCGGGGGAAGAGGGCCGGGGGGACGGUAUGGCCCGCCUCCCGCCGCAGGCAAGGAUAUGCCCGACCAUUGCCCCGUCCGGGCUCUCGAGCGCUAUCGGAAGACUACCAAAGUUAAGGAUGCCAAGUUGGUAGUGAUGUCGCUGGCGUCACACCGCGUGGCGACCACAGACGGGACGCACGAAGGCGUGCUCGACAUCGUCGGCGUCGACGAACACGUGCCCAAACUCCUCGACGCGUUUGUCCUCGGACAGUUCAAGUAAAAACACGUCACCAACAAUUCAAUCUCUUCAUGAAUUUCUUAACAAAAUACACAAUAGUACAUAAUGUCCACAGAUAAUAGAACAUACUGCACAUGUUGUGGCGUAUAAAAUUAUCAAAGUAAAACAUAACAUAAAACAUAAACAGCUUAUGUACGUCCCAUUCGUUUAGGCGCAGAAUUUCCAAUUCGCAAAAUGUCCAGUUCGCAAAACGUCCAAUUCGCAGAAUGUCCAGUUCGCAAAUGGUCCAAUUCGCAAAAUGUCCAGUUCGCAAAUUGUCCAAUUCGCAGAAUGUCCAGUUCGCAAAUGGUCCAAUUCGCAAAAUGUCCAGUUCGCAAAUUGUCCAAUUCGCAGAAUGUCCAAUAUUCAUCGUAACGUGAUUGUUGGGCACAGGCCUCCCUCCCCUCAACCAACCGUAGGGGGGGAUCAUACUCCACCACGCUGUUCCACUGCGGGUCGAUGGAGGUGUAUCAUCAUCAUCAUCCUACAGAAGGACAGUAUCAAAGUGGUUUCGACAUUGUCCCCAUCGAGAAUCGACCCUGGACCUCCAAAUCGUGAGCCCAACGCUACCACUAAAGUAAAACAGUUCCUUUAUUUUUAUAAAAGGCGGGCUAGUUACCUCGCUUGCACUUAUUAGACUACACAAUAGUGUAGCGUUAUAAAUAGCACAACCCAGUAAAUAACUAUCGUACUUUUUUACUUUUUACUCGUCAUAUUAACGCCACUUGUAGCCGCAAUGUAAUUUUUCAUCUGUGGAUUUUGUGUCCUAUUACAAUUACUUUAUACAAUGUUGCCAUUGUAUAAUGUUAUAUUGUUACUAAGAUGCCCGAAGUUUUGCUGUUAUGCAUCUUUACAGUAAGUAUUUUAUUCUUUUUAUAUUGUUUUCUGGACGUUUUUGGUUUAGUUAUACUGUCGUUUGAUCUGUUACAGACCAUUGCGCUGAUUAAAUAGCUUUUAUCUGUAAAGUUACAUAAAUAAAAUAUACCGAGCCCUUAAAAUGAACUUUCACUUCUUCAAAUAUUAUCUCGACUAAUUACUUAAUUGUUAAGUUUUAUAAUAGCAAAAACUUCUGCAACCUUUUGACCUGUUACCUCAGUAUUUCCAUGAAUCAUUUCUCAAGCCAAAAUGUGUUCGGAAAAUAGAUUUGAAAAAAUAUAGUAUCGCGAAGUCACCGUAGACAAAAUUAGAUGGUCUGUCUGUGUGUCGUUUUUUUUAAUGUUUUGUACGAAAUUUUAACGUAGUACGCGGCAAUAUACAACUUUCAAAAAUAAAAUUCGUUUUAUUGCGAAUUUAUUGUGUUGCAAGUACCUUUGUAGUGUAACUACUUUGUGAUUUUAAAUCAUAAUUGGAUUACCAAUUACUUUAUGAAAGUACGUAGGACACCGUCAGUUAUUUUCGAUUCAUAUUUGUCGCGUAUUACGCAGAUAUUAGAUCUCUCUAGCACACGUAAAUGUAACUAACAUACUAACGCAACCCAAGUGUUUUUGUUCUUUCGAAGAUUUGGAAUAUUAAUUUUAAGUCAUUGUACUGAAGAUUUGCUAUAUUUGAUUGUUAUCGAACCAAUUUUACCAUUGCUGAUCAAAUUACAGGAAAUUCUUCCUUCAUGAACAAUUGUGGGCUUUUCAACCGGGCCUAGUUUAGGAUAAUUGUCCUUUUACCUUUUUUUUCCGGUAAUAUGAACUGAAUAAAAUCUGUUACAGAACUGGCCGGUAAUGGAUGUGAAAGAUUAAAGUUUUCCAAAUGUUUUUUUUUUUUCGUGUUAAGUUCGAUUUAAUUUUAAGUUGUAUCGAUCGUAUUAUUUUGAUGUGUAAGCUUAGCUUUUCGACAGUUUUCUACGUAUAAUUGUGCGAGGUAGCAUCAGGCACAUGGCCCAGUUACAAAUUUAAUACAACUUAUAAGGUUCGUAUAGGGUUUAUUACUUAAACUUCUUGUGACAGUAGUUUUUGUUUAAUAGUAUUUAUGACUCCCUUUACGCGUAUUUGGAUUCGUUCCAAAUUAUCAUAAAGGCCACGUGUCUGAUACGCCAUGUCUUAAUAAACUAACAGGUAUUCUUUCUUCUCAUAUUGAGUUCUUAUGAUAUUAAAUCAACUUCACUAUGUAUCAUAAUUUUAUAGAUUGCGUGAGCUGAUACCUUUAUUCGUAAGUAAAAAGUGUGUAUCUCUAGAUUAAGCUUAGGUAGUAUAGCUUGAACCACUAGUUACAAAACAGGGUCGUUUUGGUUCAUUCAAAAACUUGGCACCUGGCGCUAACGUACUCACAGCUAUGUGUCCCUUCAUACGAUCGCUACCAGGGGUGGCAAUGGGAUAUUUCUUUUAUGUACAACCUAUAAAAGAAUGUAUUUCAUGAACCAAGCAUCUCGCCUCCAAGCGUUUGAAGGCCAGUACUUACACAUUAGUUACUGAGGAAAAUAUUUUAAUAAUAAAAUCUAGACCAUGCAUGACGGCUAGAAAAUGUACAUUGAGUGGUUGUGCUUAAAUUGUAAUUACACUAUUGCCAAAGUAAUCAAUGCAUUUGUAAUUUAAUUCCACGAGUACUGGCUGGCAAACCUUAUAAAUGUUUAGCAGAUAAUAAUAUGUAAUGAUAGCAUAUCUUUCGUGUUAUAUACUAAUCGGAAACAGAUACAUGUCCAUGUCAAAAUUAGCAUUUACUAUGCGUAAAAAGUCGAGGCUAAAAGUGUAUGAGUGUUGUGUGUAUUACACUUCAAAAUUGACAGAUAUUUAUUUUUUUACGUAUUUAAAACAUCGUCUUGUAUUUACUACUUGCAUUCAUCGUAUGGGCAUGUAUCAGUUUUCAUUCUUGGUAGAUUAGGCGAUCCGUUUCUUAAAUGUUGGUUACUUUUGUACUGAUAUGAACGGAAUUUUUCAGAAUCUGUGAUCACGUGGUACUCUCUCGGGUUAAGUAUUUUUUAUAUCUGAAGUGUUGAGAAUUUUCAAAACAUUUACUGAAAAUAAUAGCUCGAAAUUGCUAGGUACGCUUUUUAUAAUUAUAUAAUACGUUGUUUUGUUAAAGAAUGUUCUUAGAUAAAUAGUUCAUUUUAGUAUUAUGCUGGUUAACGCAAGAAUUAUUUAUUUUAUGCUUUUAUUGCGACUGGUUAUUGUUUUAGUACCAUUGUAAGUGACUCUGCAUGAGUGGAAAUGGUAUACCUAUUACAUAAUGGACCACUACCGGUUACUACGUCAUCAAAGCUCCCUUUACUUUGUGGCUAGUCACUAUCUCGAGAAUAGCAUUCUGUGAUUAGUAGAUGCCUUGGCAACUUCAGGAAAUUAGUGAUAUAAUUCUUAUUGGGAAUGGUUUUCUUUUUGAUGCAUAAAUGUUAAAACGUUAACAGACGUGUUUAAGUAUAGAAAAUAGGAGUAAUUACGCGAUAAAGUUACGAAAACACAUUCUGUUGUUAUCAGUGAAGAUUUCUUUUAUUUUUCGUUUUAUUUUUUUUUAAGUUUCCCUGCGGCUUGCUAGUGCAUUUUUCAAAAAAGUUAAAUCGAUCCGUCCCAUUACAAUCAUCUGUUGUAUCAUUCACAUAUGAGUUAGCAGUUAAGUUUAUCAUAGUCAUAAUAAUUUUGUUUAACCCAUUCACAGCAGCAUAUCAAUAGCACCACAUAAAAUAAAAAAUGUAAUAACAUUUAAAAAAAUGUACUUGCAUGGUUAUUUUCACAUUAAAUAAACUCUCUGUA